AUGAACCGUACAUCUGUUGGGCGGCCCGCAAAGCGAGUCCGGCAGGCGUGUGAACCAUGCAGGCGCAAGAAGGCAAAAUGCCCAGGAGAACAGCCAGUAUGCUCACUCUGUGCACGCUUACAACAAAAGUGUGCAUAUGCUGAAGAAGGGAGAAGAUCUUCAGCCAAUGGGCUCGGGCUCGGGCUCGGAGACUCAGCUGCUGUGCCUACUACCCCAGAAGUACGGAUCUCUCAGGCUUUGGAAGAUCGACUAGGCAGCCUUGAAACAAAAAUGAGUGAGGUCCUGGAUGCAUUAGUAAGGAAUAUCCCGAGGCAUGAACAACAGACGACAAUGUCAGUCAUGCCAUCUGCUCUGGGUAGUUCCGUACCAUCGUCCUUACCACUGAGUCAGCUUACACCUCUUCCUCCAUGGGAUAAUGUGCUUGCUAUCGCAGAGCUGUAUUUGCUAUACUGCGACUCUCAGCCCCUCCCUCUAUUCCACAGGGACAGUUUUCUUAGUAGUCUUGGAAACCGUGACCCUGAGGUUAUAUAUGCCAUUCUUGCCUUGACCAUUCGAUUUGCUGAGAAUCAGUAUCGCGAUGCUGAUGACCUAGCGGCUCGCAUUAGCGGUUAUACAGAAGUGGCUCGAGGUUUAGUUAUGAGGCGGAUCUCAGAGGGACCAGUUGAACUAUCGACCCUACAGUGCCUAUGUCUCCUGAGCUUAGUGGACUUCACAAAUGGUAACACACACCGCUCGAGUAUUCAUAGUAGCCUAGCGAUGAACUUAGCACAGUGUGCGAACCUCGUAUCGGAACCUCAUAUCGCGCUCUCGUCGGCAGCGCGUGAAGAGCGCAGGCGAUGUUUUUGGAGCAUCUGCUUGCUAAAGCGUCUUCAUGGUAUGGAAUUUGAUGACCUGGAUCUACCUGAUGGAGGUUUCCCACACUAUCCAGAGAGCCCUAGCAUGCCGCAGCCCCGCUCGCCAAACGACAUGGCCGAUGAAGCUCGGACGACUGAUCUUAAGGAUCAAGGCAUAGUUGCUUAUGUGAUCAUGCUGAGUGAAGUAUUUGCCAAAACUGCCAGAUAUGUCCGUCGUCAUGGAAAACCAACCAAAGUACCACCGUGGUCUUCUCAAUCAGAAUACUCCAAAAUAAUCACACUCCAGAUGGACCUGGAAACACGCGUACCUUACAUCCAUCGAUUCAAGCCGGCUAGCCUAUCUGAAAGGACACUUGAUGAACUGCAAGCAAACCGGAACUACUGGGCCCCGUUCUUUUUGAACCAGUGCCUAUAUCAUACCAUAUUAUGCCUUCUCAACCAUCCAUUACUACUUUCGUUGAGCCUUAGAAACUUUCGAAGUACCAUCCCGGAAAUAUUCCUGCAACAUACCUCCGACCUCAUAUCAUCACACACCACCUGGAUAAUACACUUUAUAAAGUAUUUUGAGGAGAAGUCAUUCAUGGUUUCAGAUCCGUUCAUAGGGUAUAGUGCCGCUGUCGUGGCAACCAUUGAACUGCAGCUGAGCUUUACCGAAAACCCUACAAUCCGUCAAGAGAAGCGAGACCGGUUCCUUAGAUGUGUCGACUUUGUACAAAAUCUGGGGCAGAAAUGGCCGUAUAUGGCUAGAUUGGCCGACAGAUUACAGCGAUUGGAAGGCGCUGUCUCUGCUUCCUAUCGGCCCGAAUCCGGGGCCCAAAACAAGAGUCUACUCAUAGAUCUCUCUCGCUUCUGGGAAAUCCUUGAAUAUUCUUCGAACAGCGAUUCCGAUUCUGCAAGACGCAUGUUUGGCGAUUCAUUGUACUCAGAGCCUCCCACCUUUGCUGCGGAAGUAUCUCAAACAUCUCCCCUACCCGAACCAUUUCGACUCGGCCCUCAGCAAGGACUAUCGCAUUCACCGAUCCCACAGUACAGCCUCCAGAAUCCUUUCCCUGCAGGUCCCCAGUAUACAGCCGAACCGAGGACUACACCACAGCCUGACAUGCUAGAUGACGAAUUUUCAAUUCUUGCUGCAAACUUCUUUUCACAAGGGCAAGAGUUUCUACGGAACUUUGACAACAGAGCGGGGAUCGGGAAUUUCUGA